AUGCACUCACGUGUUGCUGCUGUCAAGGCACCCCGCACACACAACCGUUACCGCGUGACCGGAUCCAGCGGAAGGAGGAGGGAAGGAGGAGAGAGUGAGCCGCAGAGGCCCAUCAUGUCGCGGCGUGUGUUUACUUCCGCGGUGCUGCUCCUUCUCGUCGUGAUGAUGUGCUGCGGCAGUGCGGCAGCGUCUGCUUCGGAACCUUCAAAAAGGAAAUUGUUUGUUUGGAGAGACGUGAGAGAUGGAGAAACAGUGAGCUCGCUCUGUGUUCCCAGUCUUUUGAAGGUGGGGAGUGAUGUGUUUGCCGUUGCCGAGGCGCAGGACACGAAGAAGGAAGAAGGCGAUUUUACUGGGAUUGCCUCGGAACUCCUGGAGUGGAAUGGUGAACAAAAAAAGGAGGAGUUGGACAAAACUAAACUGAAGACACAAGUACUGGAGGAAUGUCCAUCCGAUAAAGCCAACUGUGCCUCCCAAAUCGUUGCUCAGGCUAGUUUCGAAAGAGGGACGAAAGUUUAUUUGGCCCGACCAACAACAGUUGUGCAGGGAAGUGAUAUUUACAUGCUUGCUGGAAUCUACAACCUUGAUGCUGCCGAUAAUACUUCGGCUUAUUGGGGACUUUUGCUGUCGAGAGGGAACGUCAGUGGUGAUGAGAAGAGUAAAAAACGAAUUCAUUGGAAUCAUAUUGACGCUCUCCAGAGCAUUUCUAACAUGCAAAAAGAAGAAUCUUUGACAGAUUUGAUUGGAGGCGGUGGAUCGGGUGUUAAGAUGAAUGACGGUACGCUUGUAUUCCCAGUGGAAGGCAUUAAGUCCAAUGGCGCAGCUGGAGUAACAGACACCGUUUCACUUGUCAUACACUCCACGGGUACUGAGGGUUGGAAGCUGUCGAAGGAUGUUUCUGCCGGUGGCUGCAGUGAUCCCUCCGUCGUGGAGUGGGAGGACAAAAAACUCAUGAUGAUGACUGCGUGUGAUGAUGGCCGCCGCAGGGUGUACGAGUCCGGUGACAAGGGGGACUCGUGGACGGAGGCACUCGGGACACUCUCGCGCGUGUGGGGCAACAAACACACGGGACCUGAGAAGGGCGUUGGGAGUGGGUUUAUCACAGCGAAGAUUGAUAACAGGGACGUGAUGCUUGUUACUCUGCCGGUGUAUUCUAAGGAGAAAGAGAAAGAAGAAAACGGAAAGGGCAGACUCCAUCUUUGGCUGACGGACAAUACGCACAUUGCUGAUAUUGGGCCGGUAUCCGAGAAGGAAGAGGACGUCGCCGCCAGCUCCCUGUUGUACGAAAGUACUGAAAGUAAAGAGGAGUUGAUUGCGCUGUACGAGAAGAAGAAGGGCGGUGAUAAGGACACAUCACUCGGUAUGGCUUCUGUGCGUCUGACUGCGCAGCUGCAGCGGGUGAAGGAGUUGCUGGCGACAUGGAAUGAAGUGGACGAACGUAUCUCUCAGCUGUGUGCCACUUUACUUGCUCAGGAGGAUACCUCACCUGACAAUCCCUGCCGCAGUACUUUUAAGAUCACGGAUGGGCUGGUUGGCUUUUUGUCCGGCAACUUCUCUGAGAACACAUGGAUGGACGAGUACCUCGGAGUGAACGCCACAGUACAUAAUAAAGGUGGGGCUGCAAAGGCGGAAGAUGGUGUGAAGUUCCAGGGAGCGUGGGCGGAGUGGCCUGUUGGCAAGCAGGGGGAGAAUCAGCUGUACCACUUUGCGAACUACAAGUUCACUCUUGUGGCGACGGUGUCCGUCCACGGUGAGCCAGAGGAAGAUACCCCCAUUCCUUUUUUGGGUGCGAAGAUGACAGGUGCAGGGAAUUCUGUAUUUUUGGGACUGUCGUAUGGCAAGGAAAAGAAGUGGCAGUUGCUGUGUGGUGUCGAAACAAAGUCUAAGGAUCGCAGCGUAUUUUGGGGGCCAAAGACGAAAGACCACGUGGUAAUUUUGUUAAGGAACGGCACCCAGGGCUCCGCGUACGUCGAUGGUAAGCGUGUGGGUGAUGUGCCGUGUGCAUUGGCAAAUACGGAUUCGAAAGAUAUCUCAUACUUCUACAUUGGAGGGGAUGGAGACAAGACACGGAAACAAGAAGACGUGCCUGUGACGGUGACGAACGUCCUGCUGUACAACCGCCCGUUGGAUGAAGCAGAGAUUGGCGCCCUCAACCCGAAUAAAGAUCCAAUUCAACUAUUGGAAAAGGAGGCGGCAAAGCCUUCAACAGUUUCUUCUGAUUCCGUUGUACCUCCCAGUCCUUUGGUGACCGCAACUGCUCAGCAAACCGAAACUCCUUCUACUCCUGCCGGAACACAGCUGACGGAACAGGGACAGUCGAUGGGGAGCAGUAAAGGUGCGGGCAGUGGCGGUGCAUCCAAAUCAGCGGUGUCCACUCUCAGUACUCCCUCAGCAGAAGAGGACUCCUUAGUGCAGUCGGCUUCAGGAACAUCUCCCGAUGGAACUCAAACUGUGGGUGGCGGUUUUACUGCUGAUGGCGAGCCAACGAUGGAGACAAGAGAAGGAGGAACGAAUGGGCAGGAGGAAGAGGUUAAUAAACAGGUCGGGGACGUAAAUGCCACGGCACUCAGCAGCAGCCUCGGAAAUGUGUCGCAGGGGAAUAACAGCGAUACCGGCACUGUGUGUGAGAGCGGAUUGGUGCCAUCGCUGCUCCUUCUGUUGGGACUGUGGGGGUUUGCGGCUCUGUGA